AGAUAGAGAGAGAGAGAGAGAGAGAGAGAGAGAGAGAGAGAGAGAGAGAGAGAGAGACAGAGAGAGAGAGAGCAUGGCGUCAUGCAUCUGGCAAGCGAGCAUUUGAUGGUUUGGCAUUCGAGCAUUCGACUCAUUGCAUGGGCUUUAGGCGUUUUGCAUUUGCACUUUUUGUCUUUCUUCACGCCCACCCCUUCUCCCUUUCAGCUAGCUUUGCGAUUUUUUACCUUCAUUCCUUGUACGCGAUUGAUUGGCCUCAACCCUUCCUCAAGGCUCAGACUGUUUCGUGUAGCGGCUCAUGACACUGUACAAGCUCGCUGCCGUCAUGCUCUAGCAAGCGCUAUAGUAAGGAGCGGCUUAUUUCUCCCAUCUUGCUUCGAUAUGGCGGUCUGUUACCGGUGAUUGUAGAGUAGCGGGAUCAUUGAGCUUGAACGUUUCGUUUAUUGGUUGGACCGGGCCGUGAAGCAGGUGACAGGCCCAAUACGUCCCGACCGAGGUCUG